AUAAGAUAAAUUUGUUAAAAGAAACUAUAAGAAAAGAAACAACCACUGCUCUAUUGAAUGUAUCGUUUCGACUCUAAUCCAGAAGAGGGCGGUGUUUCAACCUACCCUUGUUAUCAAUGAACCGGAAAUUAACCCAAAGUAGAAAAAAGCCGGAACUAGUGUGCCUCCGGUUCAAAUCAAGAUGUCUAACCAGGACGUAGAGGAUUUUAUUCAGCAGAACCGAGCCUUAGUGGAUCAAGUGGAGACCUACCGGGGAUACUGGGAGAGUGAAAAGCACUGGGAGGCCCGGAGAGAGUUCAUCAUGAGGAACUUUAACGAGUUUACCUCAGAGCAGCUGGAUCAUCUGCUCUCUCUGUCCAUGGUGUGGGCCAACAAUGUCUUCUUAGGCUGUCGGUACAGUGAAGAGCUGCUAGAGAAAGUGAAGGAAAUGGCUGAAGGUAUUGUGGUGGUGGACGCACCAGUCUUCAAGACGAGAGAUGAAAUUAUGAAGAAGCAACAGGGUUUGUGACCAACCUGGCUGUCUUCUCAUCUGCUCGUUCUGGUUCUGAGCUGAUGAACUCGGCUGUAAAUUAUUUGCAGGCUGUGCUUGCAACACGUCAGAUCUACAUUUCACUGACUUUUAGUGUUUUGGUUUUUUUAACCGUCUUGCAUUCUUGUAAACGUCGUGUUUUUAAAAUGCAGAAAGACUGUUUUUAAAGUUUGGAUCUAAUGGUGUUUUAGCAGUGUUGUUGUUUUAGAAAUCACUUUUAAACGAGUGUUGUCUUUUUAAGUCGGUUCAGAUUCAGUGUGAUAAGUCUUCGGUUUGGUCUACAGAAUAAAAGAUUUUUGUCAUUA